AUGCCUAAAUCAAAGGAACUUGUGUCCUCAAGCUCAUCUGCCAGUGAUUCAGAUAGUGAAGUUGACAAAAAGGCAAAGAGGAAAAAGCAAGUAGCUCCAGAAAAGCCUGUAAAGAAACAAAAGACUGGUGAAAGUUCAAAAGGCGCAGCUUCUUCUAAGCAAAGCAGUAACAGAGACGAGAAUAUGUUUCAGAUUGGCAAAAUGAGGUAUGUCAGUGUUCGUGACUUUAAAGGCAAAGUCCUAAUUGAUAUUAGAGAAUACUGGAUGGAUCAAGAAGGUGAAAUGAAGCCUGGCAGAAAAGGUAUUUCUUUAAAUCCAGAACAGUGGAACCAGCUGAAGGAACAGAUAUCUGAUAUUGAUGAUGCAGUAAGAAAACUGUAAAGACAGAGCCAUACAAGAACUUUUAGUUGUUUGAAGCGGUCUUUUUACAUUGGCUUUUGUUUUCUAAAAUAUUGUUUUUCAAGCUAUUGUAUAUUUGGAUUGCUAAACGAUUUGUAAGAUGAAUACUUUUUUUAUGUGCAUUAAAAGUGUAUUCUGAGUGAGGCUAUUUGUGUAUACUUUACUAAAAGGAAAUGUGUUGCUUUCACCUCAUGGUGUAAAAUAAACAAAUCAAAUAAUAUGUAAAGC